CAAGGAGAGAGAAAAAACACAUGCAGAGGGAGGGUCAAAAGUCCAUCCACAGCACUGCGUGUGGACCCUUUCCAUCAAAAUCCGUGCUGAAGGACGGAGGCUCUUAACUUCCAAGCCGUUUUCGUCUUCUUUCGCUCACCUACAAUGGAGAUACCAGUGUUCACGCUGGAUGCCUUCACCAAUUUACCGUUCAGGGGAAACCCAGCGGCAGUUUGUCCACUUCAGCGUGAGCUGAGUGAUGACUUGUAUCACAAGAUAGCAGCAGAGAUGAACCUCUCAGAAACUGCUUUCAUCACCAGGACGAAUCCCUCUGAUAGCUUUACUACAGGAUCAAGGUUCCGCCUUCGAUGGUUUACACCAACCACUGAAGUCAAUCUGUGUGGUCAUGCCACUCUGGCCUCUGCAGCAGUGCUGUUCCAAUACAACAAAAAUGUAAACCCCACCCUGGUGUUUGAGACCAAGAGUGGAGAUCUGUGCGUCACCCAGAAGGAGGAAGGGUACAUCAUGGACUUUCCUCUGAACCCCCCCACACGACAGGAUCCCAACGACUUCAAAGAUACCAUCAAGGCGGCAGUGGGAAACCUCCCGGUUCAGGAAGUGUAUCUGUCCAACAACACCAAGAAGCUGCUGAUUCGACUGGCUGACAGCUGUGACACCUCCGUGCUUACCCAUCUGAAAGUUGACAGUGUGGCUCUUCAGAAUAGUGAGAGAAGUGGAAGAGUCAGAGCCGUCGUCGUCACUAUGAAAGGAUCACCGGAUUGCCAGCCGGGAUAUGACUUUUACUCCAGAAACUUUGCUCCGUGGGUUGGCAUCCCUGAGGAUCCUGUCACUGGAUCUGCCCACACAGUCCUAGGCAGCUACUGGUCUGACGAACUAGGAAAGAAGAAAUUGCUGGCUUACCAGUGCUCUAGUCGUGGCGGCGAGUUGGAACUUGAAGUGAGAGAUGAUGGAAGAAUCAACAUAGCUGGACAGACCAUCACUAUUCUGCAGGGAACAAUCAAACUAUAGGCUGAGACACAUCCGAGAAGACAGUGACUGAUGUGCUAUCACAGCUGUCGUGUUCCUGCAGAUACACUUUAUGGCUCUUGAAUAAAAAUGAGAAGGUUCAAAUAAAAUAAAAAAAAAUAAAAAAACCA